AUUGGGCCAUGAGACAAAAAAAAUGGCCUUUUUCCGAAAGUUUGCCCUCUUCCUUCUGAUACCGAUUUUCGAGCGCUGAAAAUUAAGCAAAAAAUAAUUAAGAAAUAAUGACGGAGGAGCAGCAGCGGGGUAAGAAGAGAAAAAGGGGGCGCCGUCACAAAGGGAAGACUGUACCCGGCGGCGACGCCGUGCCGAAUGAUGAAUCUUCUUCUGUUGCCGCCGCCGCCGCAGCAUCUUCAUCUGCAAUUAAGAGUGGCUCAAAAUCCUCAGCAUCUUUCAUGGACAAAAUGAAAGCUAGAUUAUCGGGAGGUCACUUCCGCAUGCUCAACGAGAAGCUCUAUACCUGCAGUGGAGAUGAGGCCUUGAAGUAUUUUAACGAGAAUCCGUCAUUGUUCGAUUUGUAUCAUUCAGGGUACCAAGUGCAAAUGUCGGGUUGGCCUGAGCAGCCGAAUGAUAUUAUCAUAAAAUGGAUAAAAGGUCGCAGCCCUUCUUUAGUUGUUGCUGAUUUCGGUUGUGGGGAUGCGCGGCUUGCUAAAAGUGUGAAGAAUAAAGUUUUCUCGUUUGAUCUUGUCUCGAAUAAUCCUUCUGUAGUUGCAUGUGAUAUGUCGAAAACGCCCCUCGUUUCCUCCUCGGUGGAUGUGGCUGUCUUUUGCCUUUCACUAAUGGGGACAAACUUCCCCAGUUAUCUUCAGGAAGCAAAUCGGGUUCUUAAGCCUAAUGGGUGGCUUUUAAUAGCGGAAGUGAAAAGCAGGCUCGAUCCAACGACUGGAGGAGCAGACCCGAAUGACUUUGUGAAAGCCAUAUGCGAACUAGGGUUUAUCGCAAAAUCGAAGGACUUCUCGAAUAAAAUGUUUAUACUCUUCUACUUUCAGAAAAAGGAGAAACAGAAAUCGAAAAACAUUAAGUGGCCUGAGUUGAAACCUUGUAUAUACAAGCGCCGCUAGGCGGUGGAAUCAGAAUUUUCGCCUUGUAAUACUUCUUAGUGUAGAAAGUACGUAAAAGGACGCCAUAUCGAGAUCUUUGUGUACUUUGUAUCGAUUUUCUCUCUCAAUUCAUGUUUUUUGAAUAAUUUAUUUUUUUGCGGGAAUGUUACAUUAAUGCAAGAUCUAUAGACAGUUCUUACCAAGCUAGUUGUAUUACAAGUUAAUUUGU